AUGUCAAGACCUCAGUGCCCAAAAGAUCGGUUCUACGUGUUUCUCUACGAUCUUUUUCUUAACGCCCCACGGAAGGACGCCCUACUGAUCGGAGGUGACUUCAACAACAAAAUCGGCCAGCUGGCUGAUGGAGAAGAAAAGAACAUCGGGCGCUUCUCAAUUGGACAACGGAACUCAAAUGGAGAAAGACUUGCUAACUUCUCCCUGCUGAACGACCUCGUAGUCAGCAGCACGACGUUCCGCAAAAAGAGACACACGCUCCACACUUGGACUUCAAACGACCACAAAACGAGGAAACAGAUUGAUCACAUUGUCAUCUCAAGACGAUGGCGCUCUUCCAUAACAAACAUCGACAACAUCCCGAAGUUCAAGUCCGACAGCGACCACAGACCAGUAGUCUCCACCAUACAGCUGAAACUGAAGUCCUACACAAAACAGCUACGCGUCGUCAAGUAUGACCUCGCCAACCUCCGCAAGGACAAAGUCUCCACCGCAUAUAAAAUGAAACUCCAUGAGCUGUAUGACAAGGCGGAAGCUAAGGUGAAAGUGGACGCAAUGUGGACGCAAAUGAAGGACAUCAUACACUCAGCGGCAGCAAAAACCAUAUGA